AUGGCCGACUCAACCUCGAAACCUACGCCGCCGGCAGAAUCGCCUGCGGCACAAUCUCCGCAGUCGGCCAGAUCUCCCCCGAAGACCAAGACUCCGUCGGACGCAGCUGGGUUGUCCCCCGCUGGAGCUACUGACCUGGAGGCUGAUAUCGCAAUCGAUGAUGCCGAAUCGGACAACGCGUCUACCAUUGACGAUAGAAUCUCCUCGUACACCGCAUCCUUAUCCUCGUCCGUCCUUGACUACCCCACCGAGCAUGGCCGUCGUUACCAUUCGUUUCGAUCCGGAUCUUAUAUCCUGCCCAACGAUGAAAGCGAGAUGGACCGACUGGACUUUUGCCAUGCGCUAUUGACGAAGACAGUCGGAAACAAACUGUUCUUGGCCCCGGUAGACGAGACAAAAAUGCAUCGGGUCCUUGAUGUCGGCACAGGAACAGGCAUUUGGGCCAUUGAAAUGGGUGACAAGUAUCCCAAUGCGGAGAUCCUCGGGAACGAUCUCAGCGCCAUUCAGCCAGCUUGGGUACCGCCGAAUGUCAGAUUCGAGAUUGAUGACGUCGAAAGCGAGUGGCUUGGAAAUAAGUUUGACUUCAUUUUCAGCCGUUACAUGUGCGGGUCCAUCGCGGACUGGCCAAAGUACGUGAAGCGCGUCUAUGACAACUUGAACCCUGGCGGUUGGGCUGAGUUCCAAGACUGGAGUUUCAUGAUCUAUUCUGACGAUGGUACAAUCGAGGGCACCGAGCUCCUGCGGUGGGUCGACCUCUUCAUGGACGCCUGCAAAAUCUUUGGCCGAGAUGGGCAAAUCGGACCUAAGCUGGAAGGUAUCGUGCGUGAGAAUACUGGUUUUGUCAACAUUCACCACCAACCAUUCAAGAUCCCUGCUGGCCCAUGGGCCAAGGACCCCCAUCUCAAAGACAUUGGAAUGCUGGAGUUAAUUCAGCUACUGGACGGCCUUGAAGGCUUCUCUCUGCGCCUUCUUUGCGGAGCUCUUGGAUGGACGAAGGAGGAGGUCCUUGUCUUGCUGGCUGGUGUUCGGAAGGAUUUGAAAGAUCCCAAGAUUCAUGCCUGGCUGUACUAUAACGUGGUCUACGGCCAGAAGCCAGAGUAG